CACCACCUUCCCCGAAGCAGAGCUUGUUUGAAGUUUCCCCACCAGAGAUGGUAUUUCAGAACUUCGUCGCUCAUGAGGUCUCUGAAAUGGUGCUGUCUGUCAUGAAUAAGGACAAGAUUGCUCGGAUGGUGAAGGUCUGCAUGGAGAGCUGCCCUUAUUUCCAGCUGGCGUGCCCCAGUGAUGUGUACCACAUCGUGCCACCAGGCGGCUCUGCCCGUGUGCACAUCCGCUUCACCCCCGGCGAGAACAAGGAUUAUUCCCAUGAGCUGGUCUGCCUCACUGCAAAGGAAAAGAUCAUUGUGCCAAUUCGGGCCAUUUCUGCCCGAGCCAUCCUGGACUUCCCUGACCAGCUGGACUUCUCCGUGUGUCCGGUCAAGUCCAGCAGCCAGAAGACUCUGCUGGUUCACAAUGCCGGUAACCGGGAAGCUCAUUUCCAGCUGAGCACCCAGAGUCCUUUCUCCGUGGUGCCAGCCACAGGAACUCUGGGCGCUGGUGACACCAUGCAGGUGACAGUGGGAUUUCACGCGCUGACCAACGGUGACCAUUUCGGGUCCCUGUGCUGCAACACAGGUGAAGAAAGUAUCCACACAAAGCUCCACGGAGAGGCUGUAGAUCUCAAUGUUGUGUUGAGCACGAGUUCUGUGGAGGUUGACAAGACUUUCAUCACCAUGUCAAGCCACAGGACCCUGUUAAUUGAAAACCGGAGUAACAUCACAGCCCACUUCCAGUGGAAGGCUUUUCCUACAGAGGAAGAAGACAAUGAAGAGAAGAGGAGGCAGUGUCGUUUGCUGCGGCUGCCAAAAGAGGUGUGGCAGGAAAACUUAAUGGAGGAGAAAGAAAUAGAGAAGGUGAAGGGCUCUUGUGAAGAUCGCACUGCCCUCCUGAGCAGCAUGGUCCAGGAGAAGAUGGCAAAGGUGCAAGAAGACCCCAUGCUGUUCUCCAAUGACUUUUUUUUCAUUGAGCCAAUGGAGGGAGAAAUCGGGCCGCAUUGUUCGGCUGAAAUCAAGGUGACCUUCAAACCCCUGGAGGCACUGGAGUAUCGAAGUGUGGCUUACUGCAGCAUCUCAGGCCGUGAGACCAGGCUGCCCCUGCACCUCAGAGGGGAAGGCCAAGGACCCUUGGUUGAACUCAGCUCUCAAACACUGAACCUUGGGAACAUUUUUGUCAACACCUCCCACGUCUGUGAGGUGAAACUGAUUAACCAAGGAGCUAUUGAUGCUCCCUUCACCUAUAUCCCUUCAACCACAGACAUGGGCUUCUGCUUCAAGUUUGCACCCGAGGAGGGCAUCAUUGCACCAGGUGGGACCCAGACUGUUCAGAUCUCCUUCAGUGCCCCCGUGUUGGGGUGGUUUGAGGAAGAAUUCCAGUUCAGUGUGGCUGGAUCUCCUACACCUGUGAUCCUCACCAUCAAGGGCUGUGUCACUGGACCCAGUUUACACUUCGACCUCCCUGAGCUCGAAUUCGGGGACAUCUCCUUUGGCUUUCCCUACACGCAGAGCUGUCGCCUCACUAACACCUCCGUGGUGCCCGUGACGUUCAAGCUCCGCAUGUCGGACGAUGGCACGCAGCCGGCUGUUAGCAGCUUUGAUCAAAUACGCAACGACAGAGACCCAGCCUGGAAGAAGGGAAUUCAUUUUUAUGAGGAGCCCAGGGAGUUUACAGUGAAUCCCAGCCAAGGGACCAUCCUCCCCGAGGGACACCAGGAUAUCGAGGUGACCCUGUGUUCCAACACUGUGAUGAAAUUCUACCGGAAAAUGCUGGUGGACCUGGAGGGUAUUGGCGAGGGAGUGGCAUCACUGAUCAUCUCAGCCAGAUGUCUCGUUCCUGAGCUGCAAGUGUGCCCCCAUGUCCUGGCCUACGAUGAGUGCUACCUGAAGGUGCCGUAUGAGAAGAAACUCAUCAUUGGGAAUCCCAGCCACCUUCCUGGCUGUUACGGGCUUAUUCCCCAGGAACGCAAGGAGGACUCUCCUGUGUUCUACUCCAGCCCCAAACCCUGUGGGAUUGUCCAGCCUCACAGCUCUGCAGAGAUUCCAGUCAUAAUCGAAGUGCAGACAUUGGGCAUGCAUCGCACCAACGUUCUCAUCGGCGUGUUCGGGAAUGAGAGACCCCUCCUGAAAACAGAAUUACAGAGCUCUGGACGGCUGGCAGAAAUCUACCCAAGUCCAAGGCUAAUAGAGUUUGGCAGGAUCCCAGCUCUACAGCCUACUUCACAAAGCUUUACCCUCUUCAACAAAGGUCUUCUCCCUACAGACUUCAGGAUGAAGAUCGCUUCCAAACCCCACUGCUAUGUUAUUGAACCCAGAGAAGGAGUGAUCCCCGCUAGGGGUGAGGUUCCUGUGACUGUCACAGCAACCCUGGAUGACACGGGGAAUUUUGCUGACACUGUCCAGCUGUUCAUUGGGAACAGCCUUUGGACCACCUUCAGGCUUCAGGCUUUGGGCAUUGGCACCACAAUUGUCACAGACAAACCAUUCGCCCCAGAGCUCAACUUGGGAUACCAAUUCAGCCUCGUUCCCUGUAUUCGUCGGUUCAAAGUAACAAACCGGGGCCAGCGUCACCAUCAGCUCUUCUGGAGUGUGCAAUGCUACAGCCCACCUGAGGAGGAGGGCCAGAGUGUGUCAGCCCUCAGUAGCCCCAAGGAUGAUUCCCAGAGCCCCAAACGUGCCAGCCCCGUGUUUGGGCUGGAGCCACUGUUGAUGGAGCUGCAGCCAGGCCAGUCUGUGGACAUGGUGCUGCGAGGCUUCUCCCACAUCCCACAGGAGGUGCAGGAUUAUGUGUUGUGUGAAGCUGUCAUUGGGACAAGCAGAAUGAAAAAGAAGAUAAUAAAAUCAACCAUUACCUGCAAGUUUAUUCACCCCUCUAUAGAAGUGUCAGCCAGACAAUUCUCUUUCCGGGUGGACAAGAAACCCAGUGAUGUCCUGAGGCUGCAGUACCAGCCUUUGGCUUUAAAAAACACCUGCCUGCUGCCACUGGACCUCAUGCUGGACUUGGAGCAGCCGUUCCUGAUCUGCAAUGAGGACCAGCAGCCCCUCCCACAUGGCCAGCCCGUGAGAGUGGAUGUAGGGGCGACCUGUCAUCUCUACAUCGCAUUCGACCCAGCUUAUGAACUGGAUUUUAAGAGCUGGAAAAAAGAGAAGGUUCUGAACAUAGACAUGGUCAGGGGCCAUCCUUUUGUGGAGCGUAUCAUCCUUCGGGGAGAAGUGCACUUCCCAAAUCUCAAAAUCCACCCCAGCGCCCUGGGGUUUGGCUGCACCGUGGCUGGCACUGAAGAAGUGCGAUCUCUGAAGAUGACCAACUGCAGCCCACUUCCCGUCCAGUACCACUGGGCAUUCCAUUCCAACAGCCAGGCUUACAGGCUGAGGUAUGUGCACCUUUGCCCUCUCCUUGAAGCUCUUCUUGCUGGUGUCCUGUUUGUACUUGGCAAAGAACAAAGCUGUUUGCCUAGGAUCUGACAAACAACACUGAGCAGCUGUGCUCAGGCUGGAUGCUCAGGGAAUAGGUUUCCCACCAGUUUGGUGCUGCACAAC